AGUCUACCGCGUUCGCGGUGCUGCUUGCCAUAGGAGCAAGAACGUCGAACUGUAUGUCACGGCCAGUGGUGUCGCGUCUUCGAAUGAAGCAAUCGUGUACCCUCAGUUCCUGGAAGGAAGGUCAGACAGCGGUGCAAGAAUAUUGAAACUCAACGAUGAACUCACUUUGCACCUUGAACAAAGGUCUGCGUUCGAUAACCACCUACUUAUAAGGACGAUGGGGGAAGAUAAUACAGUCAUCGAAAGGCUUGUGGAUACGGCAGAGAUCAACAACAAACUUUUCCAAGAUCAACAUCGCAUGGCUUCGGCAGUAAUCUCUGAAGAAGACGGACUCCAUGUGAAUGGCAUCAUCGGCGAUGAGCUACGCAUCCGCCCUCUGUUGACGAUGGAACGCACUGCAGAAGGCCACGUUCCUCAUGUACUCCACCGUGCGAAACCCUUGAGGUCUGAAUCUGCCACGCACGACUACGUUUUCAUGCCUCGCUCAGACGACUCCACUCAGCAGCAUGAUCGCAUCCUCAUUGAAGGACGCAGCAUCUCCAAAAUCGAGCCGGAAGUACAUGUAGUCAUGGACUCUUUGUACUACAAGAUGUUCAAUUCCAAUGAUAACGCCAUUUUUGCGUACUAUGGAGCCGUUCUUAAUUCCAUAAACCUCCGAUAUGAAACCAUCCGAGACCUGAAAGUGACUAUAAAGAUCACUGGCUUCACUUUCAAUAACAACACCGCGGAUGACAAGUACAUUUCAACUUUCCAAAAGUACCACUACCAGAGUCAUCUUAUCGAUAUGCACGCCACUUUGAAAGAUUUCACGUCGACUUACAGGACCGAACACUACGAGCUCUUUCAGAAAACGGACAUGUUGGCACUAGUCACGGGGAAGGAUAUGUGCUACAUGGAAAAGGGACUCGUGUAUUGUGCCCCCGGUGGAGUAGCUUAUGUAUCUGCCGCAUGCACAAGCUUCCGGACGUCCUUACUUGAAGACAAGCCGUGGUCGUACGAGGCUGUUCGCAACAUGGCGCACGAAUUAGCCCACAACUUGGGAUGCGUUCAUGAUGGCGAAGGUCGAGACGUCAGCAUCUCGAGCCACCCCGGUGCCAAGGCGUGCCCAUGGACGGAUGGUUACAUCAUGAGCUAUGUACAGAACAGCACCAACGAGUUCCGCUUCUCUAAUUGCUGUGCGAACCAGAUUAAGCAUGUCGCUCAGCUACCCACCCGUGGAUGUCUGCGCACGAACAACACGAAGUACGCAAUGCCAACAACAAAGUACCUGCCUGGUACAAAUGUGACUUUGGAUGAGCUGUGUAGGAAAGCGUUUCCCUACGGCACUAAGGGAUUCAUUUUCGACAGGAGUAUACCACGCCCAGGGUGUAAAGUACCGUGCCGGAGCCCCGCAUCUGUUAGGUCGGGAAGUUACACUUGGUGGGCGACCGGCCUGGACGGGACACCCUGUGGGAAGGUACAACAAGGUACUUACAACAAGAUAUGCAUACGCGGUGAAUGUGUAGAGCCACCCGCAACGACAAAGAAGUAGGACGAAAAGAAGAAAAAGGCGAAUACGGAAGAAACUAAGAACCUGAAGGCACCGAAGAAGUCGAAGAAGCUGUAGCAUUUAUAUAUUUGCUCGCAAUAAAAUUAGUUCGAUAACUUAUA